CUGAGGGAGGACUCGCUUUGCCACGUCGGUCUGUGAGCGCUGAGACGCUGGAGCUGACCUGCCCUCGCAGUUAAUCACAGCAGCUGCAGAGUCUCUCACCUCCUCAACUUAAUGUUUACCUGUUCGGAAAAAGUGCUGGACAGUAUUACUCUCCCGUGUGGCCUCGUUUCCCGCCUUCACACACAAGACAAGAGCAGAGCAGAGCAUAGCAGAGCUGCUGCUGGUCUGUGUGAAACCUCCUCAGAGCGCGUCUGCAUUUCCAGAAACCAGAAACAAAUGUUCGCUCUCGACUCCGCUUUUCUCUUUACCCCGCUUGACUGAUGUCUCUAACUGAUGUCGGCUGGGCUGCGCUGGGCGAGGCCGUGAGGACGUGGUCACUGGGAGCUGCUGGGGUUGUGGUGGUGGUCGACGUGGGAGCUGGACAUGCCCGGGGGCCGCAGGGGUCCGAGUAGACAGCAGCUCAGCCGCUCGGCGCUGCCUUCCCUGCAGACUCUGGUGGGGGGCGGCCUCAGCAACGGCACAGGACCCAGGAGCAGGAGCAGUAACUCAGUGGGCCUGUCAGCCCCACCCCUCACAACCCUGAUCACGCCGGAGCCUGUGCGUCACUCCCGUAUCCCGGAGCUUCCUCUGGACAGCACCCUGCUGUUUGAGUUCCUGCUCUUCCUCUACCUGCUGGUGGCGCUCUUCGUGCAGUACAUUAACAUCUACAGGACUGUAUGGUGGUAUCCUCACAGCCACCCUGCUGCCUCUACCUCGCUGAACUUCUAUCUGAUGGACUACCACCUGGCUAUCUUCAUCACUGUGAUGCUGGCCAGAAGACUAGUGUGGACCAUCGUUUCAGAGGCCUCUCAGACAAGCCCCUCAUCGUUGGUGCAGUACGUGCUUCUGAUUGUGGCCCGGCUGAGCCUGCUGACCCUUUGUGGUUGGGUUUUGUGCUGGACCCUCGUCAACCUCUUCAAGACUCACUCAGUGCUUAACCUGCUCUUCCUAGGCUACCCGUUCGGUGUGUACGUGCCGCUAUGCUGCUUCCACCAGGAGGGACGAACACAGCCGGCUAAAACUGACUGCGGCUUCUCAGAGCAGGAUGGGACAGAUAGCUCUCUGCUUCGACCAAAGGACUUCCUGGCACUCCUGCGCGAGAACCUAAGAGAGCAGUUCUCCAGCCCCACCCAUGUACCUGCCCACACCUGCCCCCCCUCACCUGAGCUCAUACGCACUGAGGUGGAGGAGCUAAAGAGUGACUUUAACCGCCGAAUUAAAGAAGUGCUCUUCAACUCGCUCUUCAGUGCCUAUUACGUAGCCUUCCUGCCACUUUGUUUCGUCCAGAAUACACAGUACUACGACAUGCGCUGGUCCUGUGAGCACUUGAUCAUGGUGUGGAUCAAUGCGUUUGUCAUGCUGAUGAGCCAGCUUCUGCCGCCCAGCUACUGUGACCUGCUGCACCGUUCAGCUGCCCAUCUGGGUCGCUGGCAACGGCUCGAGCAUGGCUCAUACAGCAACGCACCGCAGCAUGUGUGGUCUGAGAGCACCAUCUGGCCUCAGGGGGUUCUGGUGCGACACAGCCGCUGUCUCUACAAGGCUGUUGGGCCGUAUAAUGUGGCCUUGCCCUCUGAUGUCUCCCACGCCAGGUUUUAUUUUCUGUUCCAUAAGCCAUUGCGGAUCCUGAACCUGUUAAUUGGGAUCGAGUCGAGCGUGGUGCUUUACCAGCUGUAUUCUCUGCUGCGCUCUGAGCGCUGGAACCACACGCUGUCGCUGGGCCUCAUCCUCUUCUGCAACUACUACGUGCUCUUUAAGCUGCUGCGGGAUCGUAUUGUGCUGGGCAAAGCCUACUCCUACCCCCUCAGUGGCAACAGCCUGGGCCUAAAGUCGCAGUGAGGCCCCAGCUAGGAGCUUUGGAGGACCUGAGCGUGCCAGAAAAAGGGGUUAAAGGAAUGACUGUGAACUCCAGCUGUUUAUUUUGAUACGGUUCUAUUUUCAUGCAAUGUUUAUCUAUUUAAGAAAAUAUUUUAUUUUGUAUACUGUUACACGAAUGAACACGGGGCAUUACGUUUUUGCGACGUGAUGUCAUUUCCUCCCUAAUGCGAAAUAAAAAA